CUGUGAAGUGGGACUGGUGGUGGUACUGCAGACAUCACCUGACAUCAUGGAGACCCUGCAGAGUCCAGGCCUGGGAUAUAAUCCUUCUAUUCUGGAAUGGGAACUCCAGGGAUGUGGUGGAAUGUGCAUGGGAGCAGUGGGGAUUACAGAGUUGGGACGUUUGCAGUUGGCCCAUGAAAUGGUUUAAUUCCCGGUCCAGCUAGUGGGGAAUUUGGCAAUGGGUAACAUGGUGGUGUGGAAGCUUUUGUCCUGGAUGGCAGGGUUGUGGGAAGAAUAGGGCCAGCAGAGUGUGACAGUAAUUCCCCAUCAGUGGGUAUUUUUCCUCUUUCUCUGUGAGUUGAAGCCUCCAAACAGGUGAGAUGUGGAUGUUGGGGAUUGGCCGUGUUUGGUCUGGAAUAGUGAUACGGUGAUCAGGGUGUUUGAAAGCUUCAGGGAUCUGGCACAAAUGAUGAAUUGCUGCCUUGGAUAGAUCAGAUAGUCUUAUGGAUGACAGGGCAGACAUGAAGAGCUUGGUGGUCUACUUUUCUUGUUUGUUAAUUUGCAGGGGUUUACCAUCUUGUUUGGAUGGGGUGUUUUCCACAUCUCCGCUGCACUGUAAUGCUGUUUGUUGGUUCACAAGGCAAUGUUUUCCUUCACAUUCAAUUGUCACCUGAUGGUUCUGUUAAUAUUGUUUAUUCCAGAGCUACAGAGUUUGUGAACGCCUGUCGACAUCAUGGCUGAAGGUGGUAACUGGGAAGGUGAUUCAGUGGCCUCUACAUCAAAGAAACAAACAGGUGGGAAAUUAACUAAAGUGGGCAAGAUCCUCAAAAGACUUUGGCCAGGCACCUCAUCAAAGAACGAUGGUCAGAACACAGGAACAACGACAGAAAAGCAAAGUGGGAUUGAAAGCAGAACUUCAAUGGAAUGUGAAGCCGCUGAAGAGGAAAGGGAACAAUGUCAGUCCCGAGAAAGAGGAAUAGGAGACGUGGUUCACGCCCCUGGAACUGAAUCAAGUGAUGAAAUCGAAAUCCAUCAUGACCGAGAUUCAUCAAACAAGGAAUCAUCGAGUCCCCUCCAAGGAGCAGAGCAGCAGAAUAUGGUAACACCUAUCCACACCACGGCUGAAGUUGGAAACAGGACUGCGGCUCCAGUGACCUCAACAACAAGGAUGGACACAGAUCUAACUCUUACAUACUUUGAGCUCCUGACACAGUGGAGCGAGUACCAAUUGUUCCAACUGACAAAAUUCUAUCGGGAGAGACUGAAACAAGCGAUUGAAGAAGGGGUUGAACGUCUCAGCUUCAUGAUGAGACAGCAGGGAUGUUUCAGUGAACAAGAACACGGGAGUGUCGCUGAGGUCGUGGUAAAGGGAAACCGCAGAGACAGUUCCACAUUCUUCCUCAGUCUGGUGAUGGAGAAGGGUAACCGUGCCCGGCGGGUGAUGUGGGAAUCCUUUGUGAAAAUGCAGAACGAAUUACCAAAGCUGAACAAAAUACUGAAAGAAAUCCAGGAGCUCGGUCCUGAUCCCGAAGAAUACAUGCACAUCCUCAGAGGUUUAUCUGAAUUACCCUCUCAUAUGGAAGAUGUUCAACAGAAACACAAGGAGUCACUGAAGGCACAGACUGAAAGACUGAGCGUGAACACGAUCCUGAUGAAGGAGAAGGUUCAGGAUUCCCUGCUGCUUGAUCGAUACGCUGAGCUCACAAUCAUCUCCACUGUUCGAGAUCGGACACUGGUGGAACAUGAGCUGCUGGCAAGAGGCCGGGACCAUGAAGAGUGGAGAGAGGAAUGUCUCUCAUGAAAGAGUGAGAGAAAUUGGAGAAAAAAGUCAAGCGGAUUGUUCCACAGCAGCUUUACCCGGAGUAAAUCUCGAUCUGGGAGUUCAACAACAGUAGCUGGAGUCGCGGGGAUCGGAAAAACAACAAUGGUGCAAAAGAUUGUUCAUGACUGGGCCACAGGGAAAAUAUACCAACACUUCCACUUUGUCUUCAGUUUCAAAUUCCGGGAUUUGAACAUGAUUAGAGACAGAAUAAACCUGAGGGAACUGAUUCUGGAACAGUAUCCACACUUUGGGAAUAUGCUAGGAGAGAUCUGGAAGAACCCAGAGGGGUUGCUCUUUAUAUUUGACGGUUUGGAUGAAUUCAAGGGCAGAAUCGAUUUUGCUGACAGUCGGAGAGACACAGAACCUAAGCACCAGUGCCCAGAUCCCGAGUGGUGGUGUGAAGUGUCUGACAUUGUGUACAGUUUAAUCCAGCACAAGCUGCUCCCAGGGUGUUCAGUGCUAGUCACCACCCGUCCCACUGCGUUACAUUUACUGGAAAAGGCAAAGAUCAGUGUCUGGGCUGAAAUCUUGGGAUUUGUUUGCGAGGAACGGAAGGAAUAUUUCACGAGGUAUUUUGAAGAUCAUACGGUGGCAGCAGCUGUUUUCAAACAUGUGGAGGAGAACGAGAUCCUGUACACCAUGAGCUACAACCCCUCCUACUGCUGGAUCCUUGUCCUGACAUUGGGCCCCUUCUUCAGACAAACACACCGGGACCCGCAGCGAGUUCCGAAGACAAUCACACAACUAUAUUGCUACUUUAUUUACAACAUCCUGAAAAACCACAGCCGUGAGAUUGAGAACCUCCGUGAGGUGUUACUGAGGGUUGGUCAGAUGGCCUUCGCUGGGGUGGCUGAGAAGAACAUUGUGUUCACAGAUGGAGAUUUGAUCAAAUACAAUCUGCAGCCUUCCCAGUUCCUGUCCGGGUUCCUGAUGGAACUUUUGGAGAGAGAGGAUUCAGCCCGGAGCGUGGUGUACACCUUCCCGCACCUCACCAUCCAAGAGUUUGUAGCCGCACUCGCACAAUUCCUGACUGUAGAUCCCAGGAAUAUUGUGAAACUCCUGUCUGAAGCCCAUAGCACGAUAGACGGGCGAUUUGAAGUGUUUCUCCGUUUUGUCGCCGGUCUCUCCUCCUCACGGUCAACUCGAGUCCUGGAGGAGUUUCUGGGUCCAUUUCCUAAUGAAACAACCUGCCGAGUGAUUGACUGGGUGAAGGAGGAGGUUAAACGCCGGGCUGGAAACACAACGAGUGAAACUGGUCAAAGGAGCCUCCUGAACACGUUGCACUACCUGUUUGAGUCUCAGAAUCCUGCACUGACUCAGCAGACACUGGGAUCUGUGGAAACACUUUCAUUCAGUGGACUGGGACUGACCCCGGUUGACUGUGCGGUCCUGUCUCAUGUCAUCAGGCUCUGUGAUACAAUCAAACGCCUCGAUCUGUCAGACUGCCGCAUUCAGUGUGAAGGUCUCCAGCGGCUGGGACCGGUUCUGCACAAGUGUCAGCAAUUGAGGUAACUGUCCGUUUGUCGCUAACACUGA